AUGACCGGUUCCGAGUUCUUUCCCAUCCGCGAGCUCUCCACUUACCAGACAAAGUGGACUAUCAAGGGCCGCGUAACCAGCAAAGCACCGUUGAGAACUUUCAAGCAGCGAAGCGGAAAUGGGCAGGGCAAGGUUUUCCACGUGGAGCUGCUUGAUGCAGAAGGUGGGGAGAUCCGAGCCAGCUUCUUCAAUGAUGCUGCUGACAAGCACUUUGAGCAGAUGGAGGUUGGGAAGUGCUUCACACUGAGCAAGGGCCAGGUAAAGCUUGCUAACCGACAGUACAAUGCCUGCAAGCAUCGCUAUGAGCUUGUCUUCGAUAAAGCUUGUCAGGUGGAUGCGGUCGCUGACGACGGGAAGAUUGAUACUGUCAAGUUCUCCGUAGUCGACCUCCAUACGGUGAAGGGCAAAACCCUGCCAUGCAGCGUUGACGUCUGCGGCAUCGUCACAGCCUUUGACCAGCCUUUGGCAUUCACUUCCAAAGACGGGAAGGACCUGGUCAAACGAACGCUGACACUCGCCGACGACAGCGGAGUGAGCAUGCAAGUUACUAUAUGGGGUGAUCGAGCAAAGAAGGAAGACUCCGAGUUUCAGGGCAACCCAGUCGUCGCCAUGAAAGGAGUGGUGAUCAAGGACUGGCAGGGGGGCUUGAGCGGCUCCUUGAUGGAGGCAGGCUCCCUGGCUUUCAACCCUGACCUGCCGGAAGCGCAGAAGGUGAAGCAGUGGUGGAUGCAAGGUGGCCAUGCGCAAAACCUGACGUUCAUCUCGCAGACGAGCGGCGGUGGCGGAACUCGCAUCACCGGCAAAACAAUGGAUGUCCUCGAGAUGAAGCAGAAAUCAGAGCAGAUUGUGAAUGAACAAGAAAUGUACAUGUCCUACUGCCGUCUCGCCUCAGUUCAGCUGCGGAAGAGGGAUGAGAUACAGCAGCUCCAUUACACCGCUUGCAUGGAGCCGAAGGAAGGAAACGGCUUGCCAUGCAACCGACGCGUUGAUGAUCGUGGCUUCUGUGCUGUUUGCAACAAGGCGGGCAAGGCAGCACCUCGACUCAAUCUGCGUUGCCGCUUCGAAGAUGCGACUGGCAACUUCUGGGUCACCACCUUCCACCAGGCAGCAGAGAAAGUUCUCGGAAUGACAGCACAGGAGGUGGCUGAUAUUGAGAAGGAUCAAGGGCGCGAGGCUGUUGAGGCCAAGUUGAAGAGCUGCUACUAUGGCCAGAUCAUGCAGGUGCAGCUGCGUGCUAAGCCAGACAAUUACAAUGGCGAGCUGCGGACGAAUGUGUCAUGCACAGCAGCGCAGCCAGUCAAUCCACGAGAGCAUGGCGUGCUUGGCAAGUACAAUCUGUUCAUCCACCAUGGUUCGUUUCGGCAGACCCUUCUGCUCUUGCUGGGCACGGCGGUCAUUACAUUUGUGACUGCUCUCGUGGUUCUGUACACAUCACUCGGCCGAGAUCUCGACGGCGAGUUCGAGCAACUGCCGAGCUUUUCUCACUUCCGUGGACUGCGGCGAGUGCAUUCCGCGCUCCGCGCCAUGGAACGCGCUAGCAGGAUUUCGGAGGCGGCUCUGCCUCAUCCGGCGCUGGCCUUGCCCAGGUCGUACGUGCAAAUACAAGCAUGCCUUCACACGCUAGAUGGCCACCGGUUGAUCAAAGAGUGCUUGGAGUCCUUGGCCCAGCAGCCCGAUCUCAGUCUGGUGAAAGCAGUGGUAUCCUUGGAUCAUCCGCAGUCAUUCCAGAAGAUGGAGGCUGUCGUUGACAAGUACUCCACGAAAUUCAAGAUUGAUGUUUGGCGCAAGCCAGACGAUCCAAGUCUGAAGGUUGCAGUAGCAAAGAUCGCUGCACAUUUCAAGUUUGCCCUUUCGCAAAGUUUCGAGGUGGCAGGCUUUGAGUUUGCAAUUUACAUAGAGAACGAUUUGACGUUGGCACCAGACUUUCUUUGGUACUUCCGUCUGACCGCGCCGCUUCUUGAACGCGACCCGUCUUUGUGGUGCGUGUCUGCAUGGAACGACAAUGGCUUCCGGGAGCUUCAGCCUGACGAGCGGCGCCUCUUUCGGACAGAUUACUUUCCAGGCCUGGGCUGGAUGACUCACAACAGCACGUGGUUCUUCUUGCGUGACGCUUGGCCAAAGUUUCCCAGCACCGGCUGGGACCACUGGAUACGGCAUGGCUCUGGAUUAAAGCCUCGCGACUGCAUUGCGCCCGAAGCGCCGCGCACACGGCAUGUGGACAGCAAGGGCACAAAUGUCAAGGCAGGGACUCCCAUUCUGAAGCUGCUUGAGAAGAUGGCAACAAGCCAGCUUCCUCAUGGUGAGCUUCAGAACGUGACCUACUUGCUAAGGGAUCAGUACGAGGCCAGCAUCAGAACAACUUUGCAGAAGGGAAAGCUGGUGCAGUCCAUCGACAACGUGGUUUCCCGACCGCUCGAGGGAUCCAGUUCGCAAUACCAACUCAUUCCAUAUGCGCGAGAGGACUUUCCGGCUCUCGCAAAGAAGCUGCAGCUCUACCCUGGGCAGCCGAGAGGUAGCUGGCGAGGCAUAAUCCUCACCCGACAUCCGCAGUCGCACGUGCCGCUGGCCUUGGUCGAUCGGCGCCAGGGCGAGGGAAUUCUUCCAGACUCUGAGCUGUGGCGUGCACAUCCCGGCAAUGUAAUGCUGAAGGCCAAGCCGGGCAAGUCCUGCGACAUCACAUGCAGCCAGGCCAACCUGCGCUGUGACAACAAGCAACUGGAGUACGCCAACAACUGCAAAGCCUUGAAGAAACAUUUUACCUGCGAGAACGGCUGCGGUCAUCAGGUCGGCGCCGAGAUACCCUGCUACGUGCAUGAGAAGACGCGUGACACUGCUCUACAGUGUCUGGUGACGGAUGAGUCGGCACCGAAUUGCGGACACAGCAAGAUUUUGGACGACAGAGUUGCAAGGGCCAUGACAGACCUCACGUGCACAUUAUGGCUCAAGUUGGUUCAGCAGGUCGGCGUCGACCAGCUUCUUGCCUUUGAGCUUAGCUUUGCAGAGGUGCCUCACAUGGGCACGGCCCUUACAGGCAGAAGUCCCAGCUGGGCAGAAGCCGCCAAACAGUUGGUGCUUCGAGUCAACUGGGACUUGGGCGCAGAGCCAGUCGAGUUCCGAGCCAUGGCCCUGUCGGAGCUGUGCCAGGAAGAUGCCAAAUUUCGGGCCGACUUUGUCUUCGGUGUGGAUUUAGCACAGCCGCCUCAGGAGUGCCAGGGGAUACUUGGCGACAUUCUGGGCAGGGCUGGCUCCAGGCUAUUCAUUACGAGCUCCAAAUCACGAAACACGAGCUCUUUCUGGACUGCCAAGACAUAUCUUGAAGGCGCUGGGGAAGCGCAGCUGUCCGAUGCUGGCUUUCUGGGGCUCUCUGCAGCCAUCGGAGGAUACAGCGAGGCUCUGAAGCUGCGUGAUGAUGUGACAGACCUCUGGCAUCGGAGAACAGCAGAAGAAGCUGUUUAUGCUAUCCUGGUGCUGAUUGACAAAGCCGUGACGCCUCUGCCUGCCUUAGCGGCCCAGCGACCGGUUCCAACAGCAGAUACGGUUUUCCGCGCGGUGGAUCGAUGCCAGGAGCAGUUCCGCAACUGCUUCACGCAACCGCGCUGUCUGCAAAGCUUGGCUUGCCUUUCGCAGUGCGGCCUGGCAGAUCAGUCAUGUUCCUAUCGCUGCAUCGUGUCUUAUCAGAGCCAAGCAUUCACGGACUUCAGCUUGUGCGCGCUACAAAAGCAGAACAUGCUGAACUCGCAGAUCGAGCGCCCCCCCACGCCCCAGGCAAAGCCACUGGACAGCUUCAGAGGCAGGCCACUGACUCAUGAGAUUGCGGAGAGCAUCCUUGUGGGUCAUUUCAAUCCCGAGAAUCAUCGACAUAGUUGGUUAGUCGCAGCUGGCUCUAACCCGGCAUACGAGCAGUUCGCCUUGCAGUACCAGCUGUGGUACAAGGGAUCUGGACGAAACACGUUUUGGUAUCACCCAACGUUUCUGGUCGAGGCCUUAGACGGAGCCAAGAUUUGGCGAACGCGCGACUACCGAGUGCGAAGGAGAGAGACGCCUGGACUGUGGGAUUUUUCCGUGGUGGACAAUGGAAUAAUUUCAGAGGAGAAGUGGCACUUGCUCGGAGCGGACGAUGACUUGCAGUGGAUUGUGCUGUUUUAUGUUGGUGUUGCGCGGCGGGCAGGCCUCUCCUACCGCGGAUGCUUAGUGCUGACUCCGGAGGGUGAGAUGCCUGGCUCAGAGCAUGCCGAGGCCAUUGCUGCGGCCAUUGCCCGCGCAGACAUGAAGCCAUGGGAGCUUGAAGCCACAAGCAACCCACCGGUGGACCCUGAAAAUCCUCCACCACUCAUCGCCCCCGAGACACAGGAGGCUCCUGGUACACAGAUGGAGCAGCUUGCAGGUGCCGUGUUCGAGGGCCAUCUUCAGGCGCCUGGCCUGGGGAAGUGCGGCCUGUCUUACCGGUUUGCUGGCGCUCCAAGCAAGCCACCACUGCAUGCAGCCGUCAAAGCUCAGCGGCUACAACUUGGAUGGACAUGUAAAGAAAAGGACAUAUUCUGCAUCUCAGCAAUUUGCUGCAUCCCAGACCUGGGUCUGGAGUCGGAGGAGGUCGUCGUCUCGUUGAAUCCAGUGCGAGAAGAUGGCUCGAGGCUGAUGUUGCUGCAGUCACUGUCACGACCGGACUUGGGAGUGACCAUCUUACUUUUGGAUGGCAGCUGCUCGAGCCUAACUGGUGGCGACGAAUCAUGGACUCCCGAGAUGGUUCCCGUUGUGCGUGCGCAGCGCUGCGCACCCUUGGAGACACCCAAGCCGUCCUCCAGGCCUCCGCUGCCGCGGCCACCGGCAGUGCCUGCCGGUUCAACUGCCAGGCGCCCUGCAUCGGUACGUGUCCCAGAGCCUGAUGCCGAGCCUGCUCCCGGCAUGGGCGACAGAACGCACAACGAAGAGCCUACAAGCCCGCCAGCUGUACAGCCAGAUGACCAGCUAUUGCAGGGGUUCGGUGUGGUUGGUGGCAGUGGCCUCCUUGACACCGAGGCAGUGAGCAUUUGCAUGCCAGUGCCUUUUGGCGAGGAAGCAGGAGGAGCUGGUCGGAAAACCGAAGAGUCUGCGCCACGGACCGGACACGCAAAUGGCAUUGGACGAUCCGCUGCGAUGGCGGAGAGCAACAGCUCUGAAAAAACUAGAUCGGGAUAUAAUGCCUUUCGGCCCGGUUUACGACCCGAUGAAGCAACCGGGAAGCCUGGGCCUUUGGAUCAAGAAGUGCUCCUGGGGCUGGAUGCCGAUGCGGCAGUGCAAGCUGCGGCUGCAAAUCAAGAACGAUUCGUAGCGGCAGCUCGAGCUGGCGAAGUGGGAGAUCUUGAGCAGCUCUUCAGUCGAAGUGGUGUUCGCGUGGACGGCUGUGUUGACGAAGGACGGUUUGCCGACCAAACAGCCCUCGUGGCAGCAGCCUCUCGGGGUCGAGCGGAUGCAGUGCGCAGCUUGCUGGAACGGAAGGCUGCAAUAGAUGCCAAAGAUGCCAAUGGCUGGACGGCGCUGAUGCAUGCCAUCCACGGGCAGAGGGUGGAAGUUGCUCGACUUCUACUGGAUGCUCGAGCUGAUGUUCGCCAGGUGUCCCAGGAGGAUGGAUCAACACCUAUGAUCCUAGCCGCUGCUGGCGCUCGAGCCGAGCUGUGCAAGCUUCUGAUUGAGCGCAAAUCACCGCUGGAGAUACCAGAUCUGGAAGGUUGCGCAGCACUACACCACGCAGCUCGCAGGGGGAAUGGAGCGACAGUAAUGGCGCUCCUCCUUGCUCGGGCCAAGCUUGAGAAGCAGGACUCACAAGGUCGGACACCACUGUUGGCAGCUGCGGUCGCAGGUCGAGCAGAGACAGUCCAGUUGUUGUUGCGACAAGGGGCCAACAUGAAAGCCCUUGAUUGCACUGGAAGAAGUGCCACGGAACUUGCAACUGUAUACCAGCACCAGCGAGUGGUCAAGGUCAUGUCCGCAAAGUAA